AUGGUGUCGACACUACGUGGACUCAAAUGUACUGCGUAUACCUUGGUUUCUUCACUUGAACUAUUCUGCUUCUCCCAACUGAUCCUACUCCGUCUUGUAUGUUGCAUGCUGAAUGCCUCCAAACGGCCUGCCGAAGACUUGUGGUCCUCACCCACAAUGGACAAUUUGGCUCCGGCAAUGGUUGUUGGACAAGGCUGCUUCCACCGUUUUGACUACAUGCGUCCGCGUUCCGGUCCAGGUUGA